AUGGACUCCAUAAAGCACUUGAGAAAGGCCACGAUUGGCGACAAGCCAAUAGAAUUUUUCAAGGGAGACGAGAAGACAGAGAGCAUCAAGGAAGCCACACACGCAAGUUUUGGUGAUGAGCACAAGUUUCUGUUAGACGAGCUCACCAAUUUUUACAAUGAAGAUGAACGCCAGCCACUUCGAGCUGUUAUAUUCUGCUGGAUGCACGACAAGUCGUCUAUUGUUGACUACAAGAAUGCCUGUUUAGAAAACGGUAUACCUGACUUCAAGUUCUUAGUGAAGGCAGAGUUGACCACUUGGUUGAAUGGAAGUUCCGACAGUUGUCAGUUUGUGAAAAAAGAUGAAAGUUCCGACAAAACUGAUGGGGCUGGUGGUGUAGAGAAUGAGAAGAAGAGAAAAUUGGAAGACCCCCAGAUGGCCCGUAUUGAGGAGUACCAGCAAGACUCUGUGGAUCAUAACUCGGCGUUGCGAGGAACUAAGAAUAUAAAUUUCAAAAGUCUUUUAUCGGACGCGAAGCGUUUUGCUUCACAGUUAAAAAGAAGUAAACCUCUGAAAUCACAGGUCAAUGGUUCAGAUGCCGCUGCAAGCAAGAAGCUGCCAAUCAUCAUUGUAUCCCCGGCUACUACUGCAUUACUAUCGCUCGCCAACAUUAAAGACUUUUUGGAAAACAGCCGGUUUGUGGAACCUAACGUGAAUACCAUGAAAAGGCCAGAGACUGGCGUUGUAACAAUUAAUCAUGAAUCGGACAGAUUGGCUCCUGCGGCCCACUCCAUCAUGGUCGUGGACAACGUCGACAUGUUUACCAAACCAGAGUACUGGGACAGAGUAAUCGCUAUUUUUACAACAGGCCAAGCAUGGCAAUUUGCAAAGUACAAAUACUCCAAGCCUGAGGUAUUGUUUCAAAAGUACCCUGGUUUUUAUGUUGCGUAUCAAAACGAUGUUGUGCCGAAGCAAAUCAAAGAUUGGAACGUGAAUGUUGUGAGGGUGGAUCGUGGUGAAAAAAGAUUCAGAGAUAAGAUGAUCGUGAGAGACUUGUGGCUUCAUUUGGAAAGAAUUCUUAUCAGCAGACAAUACGGGGCCCAAGAGUAA